UGGUACGUUUCAAACUAAUAGAGAAAGAAGAAGAAGAGCAGCUCAUCCUGAGUGAUUGCGAGUGAUCGGCAACGAAGGUGUUUGAUGUUUUAAUACACUUUUGGUAUUGGAGAACUUUCUGGAAUUUUCUUCCUGCUGUGAGAGAAAAGAGAUAAGAUGGCGACCACCAUCAGCACCCAGCGAGGACAGGUUUAUAUCGGGGAGCUUCCUCAGGACUUCCUGCGGAUCACUCCCACCCAGCAGCAGCAGCAGGUCCAUAUGGAUGCUCAGGCAGCCAGGCAGUUGCAGUACGGUGGAUCCAUUGGCACAGUGGGCAGACUUAGCAUCACUGUUGUCCAGGCCAAGCUGGCGAAAAACUACGGAAUGACACGAAUGGAUCCAUACUGUCGGAUCCGACUAGGCUACGCAGUCUAUGAGACGCCAACUGCUCACAAUGGAGCCAAGAACCCUCGCUGGAACAAAGUGAUUCAGUGCACGGUUCCUCCCGGCGUGGAUUCCUUUUACUUGGAAAUCUUUGAUGAGAGAGCAUUUUCUAUGGAUGACAGAAUUGCAUGGACUCACGUCACUAUUCCUGAGCGUCUGAGGGAUGGCACCGUGGUGGAUGAGUGGUUUAGUCUCAGUGGAAGGCAGGGUGACGACAAGGAGGGCAUGAUCAACCUGGUCAUGUCUCUGGCUACCAUACCAGCANCUCGGACCGUGCCAGCAGUAAUGAUGUCUCAGCCCGUGGUGGUGAUGCCUUCAGUGUAUCAACAGGGAGUGGGAUAUGUGCCCAUCACAGGAGUGCCCACUGUCUACAACCAGGGAAUGGUGCCCCUGGCCGUGCCGGGUGCCAUGCCGACCGUCGGGAACCAGGAGACCAUGUGCAGUGAAACAGAACUGAAGGCCCUGCAGGACAUGUUCCCCAACCUGGACAAGGAGGUGAUCCGCACUGUGCUGGACGCCCAGCAGGGCAACAAGGACGCUGCCAUCAACUCACUGCUGCAGAUGACUGAGGAGCUUUAACCAACACACACACACACACACAGCAGCCAUAUGAGUCCUGCUCUACAACUGUUUACCACAAAGAAUCAGUCGUUCCCAUCGUCAACUCCACUGUGACUUCUAGUAAAGGGAUAGUUCAUAUUUUUAUGAAGCGUAUGAGGUACUGACAUGUAGUUCUGCCAGAGCUCAUCGCUACAACUGCCACCUGCUGGCCAUUUUAAGUCUACAAUACCUUGAAGAGUUUGUUCCCUGGUUACUUUAACAGGAAAAUUCUAGGGGUUUGUUUCAACCGUCAUGCUUUUAACACCAAAGUCCAUAAAGAACAAUUUGAAUUCUCAGUUUGGAGAAGCACAGAGGCUUCUGAUCUACUGCUGCCUCAUGUGGCUGGUUUGUGUAACUGCAGUUAACUCAAACUGAGUGACUGGUCCAAGUAUUUGCAGCAGCAGCAGUGGAUCAGCAUCUUCUCUCUGCGCUCAUGUCCAACCACUAACAGUCGCAGUUUCAGUCUGAAUUUCAAUUAAUUUUUUCAAAAAAUGUAUCAAUGUUAUUCUUUCAACCAAUCAAAAAAGGUCUCUUUGCACAGACCUGAACUAUUCCUUGAAGAGUAGAAGUAGCCUUGGCUUUCUCCACAAACACACUGGAGCCUUCCACAACACCACUGCGUUAACCUUUGACCUUCAACUGGUUGUUUAUUGCUAUUAUUGACACACAGAAGAGUUCAUGUCAUUUUUUUUAAUUAGCUGUUUUUAUCAGUAUCACACGAUCUCCCAGCCCUAAUUACUAAUCACAGCGUGCCCCACGUAAGUUCUGCGUCUCUCAGUUCUUGGUGGUAUUAGAACCUGCCUCCAGUCAUUUGCCGUGAGCAGCUUCAUGUUUUACAGUUGUAUCUGUACCAUGUUUAGUGAUUAAGUGAAGUGAAUUGGUUAAGUUAUUAUAAAGUGUAUUUCAUGACUGUAAAUACUGAGAGUAAAGACAAUCUGUUUCAAACUACAGAAGCUGUCAUUGUGUCUCAGUGUGAGGCCUGUGUUUGACAGAAUCAUGGGUAAAAACCAUGUCAUGGUUGUUGUAAAAACUGAUGUUCCAGUUGAUUUAGGUGAUCAUCCCCGCGACCUUUUAGAAAGCUGAUUCUUAGUUGUCCUCUAAAGUGUUGCCUGUACUGUUUGGUUCUUAAGGACUCACAACUUGUAGAGUGCUGAAAAGACGGAGCCAAAAGCAGUGAUAUGAACUCAGCAGCUGUGAGGAUCAGGAGAGCAUUAGCCUGUGGAGAACUCUGGUUUGGUUCAUGUUUUAUUUCUAAUCAUUGCAGAAUCGUUCAUGUAUAUUUUUAGGAAAUCCAGUCUGUUCGGUUCCAUAAACACAAAUAUAACAACUGAUUAUUUCAUUUUAUUUUGAAUGUCCAAUAAUGUCUGUACACAGACUCUACCGACUAUCCUUACUACUGUGUGUAUUUAUGUGUAUAUUUGACCACAUUUGAAAAGUACAAUUAACCUAUUUAUGUGAUCCCAAAAAUAUUAAUUUUAUUUUCUUUACUAAUAACAUUAGUUGUGUUAAGACAGGGCAGAACAUGGACAGGCCCACUGGGGUCUUGAUUGGACAAGCUCAUUACAGUGACAAUCAUCAUACACCUGCAUUCAUGCUUUGAAUUAAAAAUCAUUCCAUAUUUGGCUUUUGGAAAUGUGAGAUUUCCAACCUGUGUGUUUACGGAACGUUUUUUUCUGAAGUAGAAACGUUGAAAAACUCUGGACCCUGACAUGGUGGUUUACGUCAGAGCCGACUGCAGGCUUAGCACCCCCUGCUGUAAAGUUAGCAAGGGAGCCAGAGGCUAACAACAAAAAAAAAGUUUUCUUUAAUUCUACCAUUUGUCAAGAGUUUCUUUUCCUCUAUCCUUAUCAGUCUUUUCCAACGAGGAACAAAGGUUUCCAAAAUGUUCUCUCCCUUCAUAAUAAUCAUUGAUAGAAUCUUGAACAGGUGUGGAGUUCAGGUUUGAGAUUCCUAUCUUCUUUUUAAAGUAGAUAUAAAUAUUUUUCUGUGUGCUGAAAUCUAUGUUGUCUCUACAGAGUACUGUAGGGGGCACUCACCACCUUAGAGCUUACUCUGUCAGUAUCCCAUGUUACGACUCUUCCUACAGAAACUUCAUGGAAACCUUUUGUGGUUAAUGUUUUUGUGCUUUAAAUAUAUCUGUCCUGUACAGCAGGCUGUGAAACCACAAGCAGAGCUUUAAAUGUUGGUUUUCAUUACAGUAUUUAACAGAGUUAUUAAACAUAACCUUUUCUAGUUUGUGAUGCAUCAUAUGCAGUCUGCCAUUGGUUCCAUGUUUGUGCUGAUAAGGUUUUGGUGAUGUUAUGAAGUCUGUGUUUAUCCACUGUCUGUCCACUGCGUUAGCGUCUGGAGCUGCUCACUUCAUUUGCAUAUUUUCAGAAUACUAAUUUAAAGCUGCUAUCUGUGGAAUAAUUUGUCCAAAUCUCUAUUAAAUAGCUCUAUACUGGAACAUUGA